UAUAUUGUAUAUUAGUUUUUGUUUUUCUUUAUGUCUUUGUUUGAUUUGACUCAUUUAUUAGGUAAAUAAAAAUAAAAAAGCAAUAUAAUUGAAAAAAAAGAUGGCAUUGUCUCUGUAAACAGACGAGCUGGCCACCCAAACUCAACAAAACUGCACCAGCUGAAACAGAAUCUCCAUUUUUAGAUAGAGAGAAAAAACUAUUGCUUAUUCUAUUCAUAUAUACAUAUUGAGAGAGAAAAUACGAUAACGAAUGUUAUCCUGUCUGUAUAUAUACACAAUUCUUCCGCUUCUGCGAUAUAUAUACUAAUGGGCGCAUGCAUAUGAUAUGAGUCGCAAGGAGUGAGAGGGAGAGAUGAUACGCGUUUCCUUUCAUUGAGGUGAUUUGUGGCGGAUCUUGGAAGUUGGAACCCUAAGAAAUCUACCGUUUCUUGAUAGGGGGGAUUCCAAUUAACGGCGUCUUUCGCCUCGGAUUCGUUCCACAUUUCGCUUCAUUUUCUCCGGAUGUGAUUUCGAUUUUCCCGAGUUCCGCGGCUGAAAUCGAAUUCGAUUGCGCUCGUGAUAUCAAGCGAUUGUUUUCAUUUCGGGGGAAAUAGUAUUACAAAAAAGAGGAGUUAUCAAUUGAUUGAAUACGGCGUAGUAACAGUCGGGGAAUGGAUGAUAGAGGCGGAGGAGGAGAAUCGUUUGUGGCGGUGAGGAGAAUGUCGAACGGCCUUGAUCGCGGAAGCGCCUGCCAUUCCACUUCUGCGGAGGUUGUCACCGGAUCAGCUGCAUGGCUUGGCAGAGGACUCUCAUGUGUUUGUGUCCAGAGAAGAGAUAGUGAUGCUCGCCCGUCAUUUGAUUUGACACCAAUGCAGGAAGAGUGCCUAGAUAGGCUGCAGAGUCGGUUAGAUGUUGUCUAUGAUGGUUCUAUCCCCGAACAUCAGGAAGCUUUGUGGGCAUUGUGGCGUGCUUCAUUUCCUGAAAAGGAACUACAAAGUUUAAUUUCCGAUCAGUGGAAGGAAAUGGGUUGGCAGGGAAAAGAUCCAUCAACAGAUUUUCGGGGUGGAGGUUUCGUAUCACUGGAAAAUUUGUUGUAUUUUGCGAGGAACUUUCCGAAAUCUUUCCAGGAUCUUCUUCGCAAGCAGGAAGGUGAUCGGGCAUUGUGGGAAUACCCAUUUGCUGUAGCUGGGGUCAACAUUACAUUCAUGCUGAUUCAAAUGCUUGAUCUUGAAGCAUAUAAGCCAAGAACGCUUGUGGGAGCAACCUUCUUGAAAUUCCUCGCAGAAAAUGAAUCAGCAUUUGACCUUCUGUAUUGUAUAACAUUCAAGCUAAUGGACCAUCAAUGGCUUACCAUGCGAGCUUCUUACAUGGAUUUCAAUGCUGUGAUGAAAGCCACUCGUCGUCAACUUGAAAGUGAGCUUCUUCAAGAAGACCUCAGACGCCUAGAAGACUUGCCCUCGUAUAAACUUCUUAGUCGUUAGUGUAAUAGGUAGUUAUCGAGGCUUUGAAUGAAUGAAUAGGAGUGUUUCGAUGGUGAUUGUUGUCUAACCGGAUUCAAUCUUCCUCCAAUCUGCUACCUUCUUGGUUAUCGUGGAAGUACCAAGAAGCCAAGCAGGUUGUCUGUAAUACAAAAGCAAGUUAGCUCUAACUUUGCUUUUGAGUAGCAAAAUCCAAAGUGUAUCACAUUUUUCUUUUUCUUUUUUGACUGGAAGGAUAUGUAUUUGUUGAUAAUGAUUAGGAACAGUAAUAUUGUGGCAGGUAUAGAUAGUAUAGAUACAAGUUAAGGUCUAUCAUCAUAGUUAUUGUCUGCUGUAAACUGCAUGCCUCUCGCUUGAGAAUUUAAAGAUACGGUUUGAAUUUUGUA